AGGAUUCAAAGUGCACACAAACAAGCCACAGCACACAUACGUGUUAGUUGACAUUAGCCAAUUAAAGGACAAACUUCUGUCUUUUGCUUUCACACUUCUUCCUGUUACAGCUAAAGCUGCAUUAUUUCUGGCCAUGUGAUCUCUGAGGGCGCACACAGCCAAUCACAAAAUGUGUGUCUCAGGUCCCUCUAGCAGAAGGAAAAAGUGUACAGCAGACUGUAGAGAUCCUGACCUGCAAACUUGAGCAACUAGGAGCAGAAAAGCAGGGGACAUUCUAUGUGGAUUGUGAGACAUACCACACAGCAGGAGCCAGCAUGGGGACACCAGGUCAGGCUGGGAAGCUCCUCUAUGUUAUGCACAAUUCAGAGUACCCUCUCAGUACAUUUGCAUUAUUUGAGAAUGGUCCAUGUCUAGUUGCUGACCUAAACCUGGAUGUGCUUAUGGUAAAGCUUAAGGGAUUCUUCCAGAAUGCGAAAGCCAACAAGAUGGAAACACGUGGCACGCGUUACCAGUACUGUGACUUCUUAGUCAAGAUUGGCACGGUAACAGUGGGACAGAGUGGUCGUGGAAUCACUGUAGAGGUUGAUUACUGUCCAUGUGCUGUGCCAGGCGAUUGUUGGAACUUGAUGGUGGAAUUCAUGCAAAGCUUUAUGGGCAGCCAUGCACCUUCCGUUCCCCCAGUCUUCAGUGCCAAACAUGAUCCCCUAUACACUCCAGCAGACACCAUGGUACAAUACAUGGAACUCCUUAAUAAGAUCCGCAAGCAACAGGUCACAGUGGCUGGGAUGAGGUGAUAUGCAAUGUAUCUCAUCUCAUUAGUUAAAUAUCUUCAUUGUUCAUUGAACUCUGUACCUCCUAAACUCUUUUAUAUCUACAUCAUUGUCUACAAAAAUAAUUUUUCACUGUUUUUUUUAUGAAAGAUGUUAAAAAUGUUCUUUAAUUUGUCUAAAGAUGCUUUGCUUCAGAAAACCCUGUAAUAUGGGUACAGUGAAAUAAACUGCAUUAUUUAAAUCCACUAAGGUGUUUGCUAAAUGCUUGAUCCCUAUAAGUUUACUUUACUCCCAGUAGUGUUUUGACAUGAAAGUAAGUAUAUGAUGUGGUGUCUUGUACACUUCAAAACAAAAAAAAAUAAACAUUAUUACCACUGCUGCAAUAAGUAAUAAAUCCUGCUUUCUAAUGA